ACACGGACCUGUUUCUGAACGGUACCACGUGCUUCCUGUUUUUACCUCCGUUGCCACAACGUGGAUAGAGUGUAGCCACCAGGUUUGGGCAAAGUGGAGUGUUAUGUGUGACCGGAGCCUCUGUCAUCAUCUAAAAUGCAGAUAUCCAGUGUGAAUGAUGUGAAGAUUUACAACCUGAGCUACGGAAAGUCUCUACCGGAGUGGCUCUCGGAUCGGAAGAAGAGACAGCUGCAAAAGAAAGAUGUUGACAUCCAGCGCAGGAUUGAGCUCAUCCAGGACUUUGAGAUGCCAACUGUGUGCACCUCCAUCAAAGUGUCCCGGGAUGGGCAGUUCAUCCUAGCAGCAGGUACUUACAAACCCAGGAUUCGCUGUUAUGACACCUACCAGCUGUCACUGAAAUUUGAGCGCUGCCUGGAUUCAGAUGUCGUGGCCUUCGACAUCCUGUCUGACGACUAUUCUAAGCUGGUGUUUCUGCACUGUGACCGCUACGUGGAGUUCCACUCCCAACACGGACACUACUACAAAACACGCAUACCCAAGUUUGGACGGGACUUUGCCUACCACUAUCCCUCCUGCGACCUCUAUUUUGUCGGGACAAGCUCAGAGAUUUACAGACUGAAUUUGGAACAAGGACGCUUCCUCAACUCUCUUCAGACUGAUGCUGUGGAGCACAAUGUGUGCGACAUCAACCCCGUCCAUCACUUGUUUGCCACAGGAACCACCGAGGGAAAGGUGGAGUGCUGGGAUCCGCGUGUCCGGAAUCGGGUGGGCCAGCUGGACUGCGCCCUGAGCAGCAUCACAGAAGGAACAGAAGUACAAGGUUUGCCUGCAGUCAGUGCGCUCAGGUUUAACGGCUCCCUCACCAUGGCGGUCGGCACCAGCACCGGUCAGGUGCUGCUGUAUGACCUGCGCUCUAGUCGCCCCCUGCUGGUUAAAGACCACUACUACAACCUGCCCAUCAAGUCACUCAACUUCCACGAGCAGCUCGAUCUGGUCCUGUCCGCUGACUCCAAGAUCAUCAAGAUCUGGAACAAGGACAAUGGCAAGGUGUUCUCCUCCAUCGAACCUCAGGCCAGCAUCAACGAUGUCUGCAUCUACCCCCACUCAGGUAUGCUCUUCACUGCCAACGAGGACCCAAAGAUGAACACGUUCUACAUUCCGGCCCUGGGCCCUGCUCCCCGGUGGUGCUCCUUCCUCGACAACCUGACAGAGGAGCUGGAGGAAAGCCCGGAGACCACUGUCUAUGACGACUACAAGUUUGUUACCCGGAAGGACCUGGAAAACCUCGGUUUGUCUCACCUGGUGGGUUCAUCCCUCCUGAGGGCCUACAUGCAUGGCUUCUUCAUGGACAUCAGACUUUACCACAAGGUUAAAACCAUGGCAAAUCCUUUCGCCUAUGAGGAGUAUCGCAAGGAAAAGAUCCGCCAGAAGAUAGAGGAGUCAAGAACUCAGAGAGUGCAGAUUAAGAAGCUGCCCAAGGUGAACAAGGAGCUGGCUCUCAAGCUCAUGGAGGAGGGAGAUGAUGAAGCCGAGCUGGCUUCCAGGAAAAAGAAGGGCAAGGUUCUUCCCAGCAUCCUGGGCGACGACCGCUUCCAGGUGAUGUUCGAAAACCCUGACUACCAGGUGGAUGAACAGAGCGAGGAAUACCGCCUGCUCAACCCUAUCGUCUCCAAGGUCGGGCAAAAGAGGAAGAAGAAGUUGCGUCUUCUCGCCCAGCAGACUGCUGCCGCUCAGCAGGCGGCUGAGGAGGAAGAAGAGCCUGAGGGGCGACCCAGCUCUGAGGAAGAAAGCUCAGACGAUGACAAGAGCUGGGUGGACGAGGUCAGAGAGCAGCGAAGGUUACUGCGAUUGGAGGACCGCGACCGGCGGCGGCAAGAGAGGAAGCAGGCGGACCGCGACACAAACCUGUUGGAGCAGGAGCAGAACGGCAGUGAGAAAUCCUCCAACGAGCCCCAGAGCAAGAAAACAGGCCAGCCACGGUUCUUCCAUCUGAAAGCUGGCGAGGAGUUCCGCAGCUUCGGUGAUGUGGCCCGCAAGCAGAGACUACAGAAGGUUUCUCUGGAGGAACGGCUGAAGUUUGAGGAGCACUCUGGAACCAGCAACAUGGCUGACACUGCAGUGGGAAGCAAACAACUCACUUUCACUCUCAAAAAGUCGGAGCAGCAGCGGAAACAGCAGCAGGCAGAGCGGGAACACCAUGAAGAAAGGAAGAAGCUCCGGCGCUCGGCGGGACACCUGAGCAGCGGCCGUGGCCGUGGGAGAGGCUGGGGUGGCGGCAGAGGGAGAGGGAGAGGAGGAGGAUGGGGGCGUUACUGAGGAAGAUGGCCUAAUCCUGACCCCACAGCCUCUGUCCCUGCUGGACACAGCCUUCGCCUCACAUCAGAGUUGUGUAGUUUCCUCCCUCUGCUUAGCUCUGGUCAUGAACCCAGCCUAACUUGAGGCGAUGUCGGUUGACUUGGGGACGUUCUGCACAGCUGGCGAGGACAAAGAGUGACGUCUCUGUACAGUCAAGCCCGUCUUACUCUUGGGAUUGGGCUUGGCCAUAUAUUCAGCUGGUCUCUGCAAAUUUAGCACACAGUGGUAAGACAUGAUUCCCUAUGCCGCUGCCUGGGAGCAUAACAUAGCAUAACAUAACGUAUAUCAUUAUCCAAAGCGCCUUUGAGUAUUUGAAGGCUUACUAAUUUUAGCAUGGGUGGUCCCAGGAGGGAAUCAGGAGAUGUGAAGAACGGAGAGGACUUGAUAUGACCUGCCUCGUCUUAGUCUGUUUCUCUGAACUGUAGUUCAGUGCAGCUUACUAUUUCAGUUCAAAGAAGGGGAGCGAAAGUGUGUGUUUGUGUGUGCGAGUACAUGUGCAGGUGUAUGUGUCUUUGAAAAAUGUGUUUUUUUUUUUGUUUUUUUUUUUGUUUUUUAAUUGUUUACUGCUCCUUGUCAUUGCAGUAAGGUAUUAAUAAGGUAUUAAUAUUUCUUAUAACACUGAA